AAAUGGUAUCAAACUUCAAAGUGACAGGUCUGGUCAAAACAAAUAGAAAUAGAAUUUCAAAAUAUUGAUAAAAGUAGAGCUCUUCACGCACGCAUCAUAUCUUAAGUUUGCAAAAUGCAAUCAACAAACCUGUCUAAAGCGAUAAGAAGAUUCUCUAUAUCGGCAACGAAAUGUAACACAUUUACGGAAGAACUUCACAAAAACUACAUACCCACAAACCAAUUCCAAAGAACGCUUCUCUCUGCGGGAUCAGCUGCAAUUUCCCUCUUCAAUCCAUGGCGGGGUGACAUGAUCGCCUGCCUGGGUGAAGUGACGGGCGGCAAUGCUAUAAGAUACAUGAAGGAAAAAAUGCUUGAGACGACAGAAGGAAAAGAAAUUUUAAGUGAGAUGCCUCGCAUAAAUUCUCAAACGGUUUCUUUCGAGCAGCUUGCGAAUAUGCCUGAGAAUACUUUAGGAAGGGUAUACGCGGAUUUUAUGAAGGAGAAUAAUAUCACAGCUGACUCGAGGUUGCCAGUUCAGUUUAUUGAAGAUCCUGAAAUGGCAUAUGUGAUGCAGAGGUAUAGGGAAGUGCAUGAUUUAGUACAUGCCUCCUUGUUUAUGAAGACCAAUAUGCUGGGAGAGGUAGCUGUAAAAUGGGUUGAAGGAAUCCAGACGAAACUACCCAUGUGCAUCAGUGGUGGUAUCUGGGGCGCGGCCCGCCUUAAGCCAAAGCAUCGCCAGCUCUACCUUAAGUGCUACCUGCCCUGGGCUGUGAGGACUGGACACAAUGCUAGGUUUUUGCAAGGCAUAUACUUCGAAAAGAGAUGGGACCAAGAUAUCGACGAAUUUCAUAAGGAGAUGAACAUCGUUCCAUUGCUCAAGAAGUAAUACAUUUUCUAUAAGUAUUUUAUUGUAAAUAGUAGUAGUUUAUAGUUGUUAUUUUUUUGACAGAUUAGGAAAAGUUUAAAAGGUAUUAUUAAAUUGUAUAAUCAUUUCA